UUCAAACCAAACAAGUCAUCUUUUCCCCCAACUAAACCUCAGACAGACCGCGCGUAAUCCUCUUUUUAUUUUGUAUUAUUUUUUCUUUCCAACCCAUUUUUUUUGGGCUGUUUUUUUAUUUUUAUUUUUUUUCCCUGGAAGUGCAGCUUUCUAACUCCACCGAGCCUUCUCAAAUGUAUAAAAUGGAGUAUUCUUACCUAAAUUCCUCUGCCUACGAGUCAUGUAUGGCCGGGAUGGACACGUCGAGCUUGGCAUCGGCCUAUGCGGACUUCAGCUCGUGCAGUCAAGCCAGUGGCUUUCAGUACAAUCCCAUCAGGACCACGUUCGGCGCCACCUCCGGCUGUCCGUCCCUCACGCCGGGGUCCUGCAGCCUGGGGACCCUGCGGGACCACCAGAGCAGCCCGUAUGCCGCAGUUCCCUACAAACUCUUCACGGACCACGGCGGACUGAACGAGAAGAGGAAGCAGAGGCGCAUCCGGACCACGUUCACCAGCGCACAGCUCAAGGAGCUGGAGCGGGUUUUUGCGGAGACGCAUUACCCGGACAUCUACACCAGAGAGGAGCUGGCACUGAAGAUCGAUCUGACUGAAGCCAGAGUCCAGGUGUGGUUUCAAAACCGACGCGCCAAGUUCCGCAAGCAGGAGCGCGCAGCUGCAGCGGCCGCAGCGGCAGCCAAGUCCGGUUCUGGCAAGAAGUCCGACUCCAGAGACGAUGACAUCAAAGAUACCAAAUCCACCGACCCCGACAGCACAGGAGGACCGGGCCCGAACCCGGUGCCCACCUCCAACUGCGGCGGACCGAGCCCCACCGGUGUCCAGGUCAACACCACCGGGAACGGACAGGUGGACCAAGGGAAGACCUCCGUGUCCAUCGGCAUGGGAGUGACAGCACCGAGCCAAGGCUGGACCACCGCCCCGGGAACCAUCACCUCUAUCCCGGACUCACUGGGCGGUCCGUUCGCCAGCGUACUGUCGUCUUUGCAAAGACAGAACGGAGCCAAAGCGACAUUAGUAAAGACCAGCAUGUUCUAAUGAAGCAGACGCGCAGAGCAGAGGAACACAGACAACUUUCCUCCUUCUCCUAAGACUGAAAAGCAAUGACCCAAACAGACUCACGGACAAUAGAAAAAACAGUUCAAGAGAAGACGAACAACUCCUUAUUUUAUUUUUGAUGCCUUGCGCCGUUUCUUGUUGUCCUCGAUGUAAAAAUUACCCAUCUUGGCGAGUCAUUGUCUUACAAUAUACAAUAACAAUAUUUUUCUUUUCUUUAAAACAACUUGAGCGACACGUUUCUAGUCAUAUUUGAGGGGAGGAAACACGGAGGCAUUUUACUGUACUGAUGUCAACAAGGUGACACUGGUGUUUGAGGUGCGUAAAAGAAUCCAAAACCAAAACUGUUCCUCGUGCG